AUGAAGUUAGUUCGAUUAUUCUCAUUUUUAACAAUAUUUGGUUUACUCUUUUUUACCACUAGAGUUGUCUAUGGUAAUGAAGAUCAAAUCGAUGCUGAUGCCGAAGUAGAUGAAGAUGAACAAGAAACUGUUGUACGACCAGAUGAAACAAUAGCACCAGCAAAUGAUAUACUUGAAGGAAAAGAAGAUGAGGAUCCAAAUCGUAUUCCAUCAUCGCCUGAUUUUCGUAGCGUUUAUGUUUUUAUUCAACCAGCAAAAGCGAAUGAAUUAGUUGCCGGUAAAUUAACUCGUUUACUUGUCGGUGCACGUAAUAAUGGCACACAAAAUUUUGUUGUUGAAUCUAUUGAGGGUUCAUUACGUUAUCCACAAGAUUUCAGUUAUUAUAUUCAAAAUUUUACUUCAUUACGAGCAGAAAAAGCUCUUGAACCAAGUUUAGAAUCAACAUUUGAAUAUUUAUUUAUGCCCAGUGAAACAUUCAAUGGGCGACCAAUGGGCUUAGUUGUAGUAAUCAAUUAUCGAAAUAGCGAAGGAAAACGUUUUCAAAAUGUAGUUUUCAAUCAAACUAUUAAUUUGACCGAAGCUGAUGAAGGAUUUGAUGGAGAAACAUUCUUCCUCUACAUAUUCCUUGGAGCAAUAUUAGUUUUAUUAGGAUUUGUUGCUUAUCAAUAUUUACUUUCAAAUCGUUUAAAACGAGUAACUGGUAAACCAAGUUCACAAAAUCAGCUUGGCAAUCAACAAGUUAAAGGUAGCUAUGAUGUUGAUUGGAUUCCAAAACAUCAUCUCACUCAGUCUCGUUCACCAAAGAAAAAUCCAAGUCAACGAAAAUCUCGAAAAACAGCUAGUGAUGCAAGCGAAGCAAGUGGAACAGGAGCUGCAUCAAGUGAACUUGAUGAUUAA